GAGGAGCGUCCUCAGUUGCCAUGGAAACGGGACCCAGCGAAGAACCUAGCGGCCGAAAGGAGUCCCAGGAAAUUUGCCCCCCGGGAUUACUGGUAUUUGCCGGCUCCUCAGAGCAAGAUACCAACUUGGCUAAGCAGUUCUGGAUCUCGGCGUCGAUGUAUCCCCCUAGCGAAUCUCAGCUGCUGCUGCGCAGAGACAGCAGUCAGCGUCUGCCGGUGGCGCGGCGCCGGAGGAGCAGAGGGUCUGAGAACAGUCACUCCUCGCAGUCUUCUCACCUUGUGAGUAACAACAAAAAUAGAAACAUCUUUGCCGAAGCCCUGAAGAUACAGGAAUCUGAGGAGAAAGUAAAGUAUCUCCAAAAGAUUCAAGGCAUACAUACGCAGACUUGUUACAUGGGAAUACUGUGCGAUGUGGGUAUGAAUGAUCCUGUCACCCAGGCUAAAACAAGAGAAGAGAUUCUCCAACUCUUAAGAAAACAAAGAGAAGAAAGGAUCUCGAAAGAACUGAUUUCCCUUCCUUAUAAACCAAAAGCCAAAGAACACGAAGCAAAGUAAGUUGACUUCUGUCAAAAAUAUUCUCUCACCUUUUAACUUACUGUGUAGGGAAGCGCUUUUUUCUUACUUUGCCACUUACCCUUAAAUCUUCUAGAAACCCACCCCCGUAUAUUACAGAUUUCUUGCCUUGAAAAAACUUUCUUCUCUGCAUAGCUAUUAAAGCCUGUGUACGAACUUGUCAGUCUGUGGAAUAUACAAGCAUAAGUUAGUGCAAAACGGAAAGCAGCUCAGCCUUGAAGCUCUGUGCACAUUCUCUGUCCCUCCCUUACCAUCCUGGGCUAUAUAGCCACCAACCGUCAUGCCCUCCUGACUCCACUGUCCCCUAUCCACACCUGGCCCACUUCUUUAGUGAAUCAGCAGGUGUUUGUAGUUCACCAGCUCUGAGUGGGCUAAGGUUGCUAAAACUAAGUUCAUGUAGCAAACUCUCAAUGGUGAGGGAGUAGCCUUAUCUCUGGAAUAAUGUUAGAGCAGGACUAGGACAGUUUAAGUCUAAAAGAGUUUAAAGGAAAUAAGCAAGCAAUA